CAAAUUAAGCAUCUUUCUCAGAUAUACUAACGUAUUAUUAUUGCCACAUUUUGCUAUCUUUUUCUUAGUGAUGGACCUUAUUCAUCAGUUCCUGAACAUAGUAGCUCCUCCAUUCACCUUCUUUUCCUUACUCCUUUUCUUACCACCAUAUUGGACCUUCAAAUUCUUCCUUUCCAUUAUCUUUGCAUUCUUCCCUGAAAAUGUCGCUGGUAAAGUUGUUCACAUCACUGGUGCUUCCUCUGGUAUUGGAGAGCAUUUGGCUUACGAGUAUGCUAAGAGAGGUGCACGAUUAGCACUUUCUGCUAGAAGAGACACAGCACUGCGUGAAGUUGCUGAUAGAGCUCGUGAUUGUGGUUCCCCUGAUGUUAUUAUAAUGCGUGCAGAUGUUUCCAAAGUUGAUGAUUGUAGGCGUUUAGUCGAUGAAACUGUUAACCAUUUUGGUAGACUGGAUCAUUUGGUAAACAAUGCUGCAAUUAGUGCUGCCAUGAUGUUUGAAGGUGUAACUGAUAUCACCAAUUGGAGACCUCUCAUGGACACAAACUUUUGGGGAUCAGUUUACACCACCCGUUUUGCUUUAACACACCUCAGAAACAGUAGAGGCAAAAUUGUGGUCCUUUCAUCAAUUGAUUCUUGGAUGCCAGCACCCAGAAGGAGUAUAUAUAAUGCAAGCAAAGCAGCAUUAGUAAGUCUUUAUGAAACAUUGAGGGUUGAAGUUGGAGCAGACGUAGGUGUCACAAUUGUUACACCAGGUUACAUAGAAUCUGAAUUGACCAAAGGCAAAGUCUUAUUGCCACCAGAAGGCAAGAUGGGCGUGGACCAAGAUAUGAGAGAUGUUGAAGUGAGUGCCACGCCAGUGGGAUCAGUUAGUGAAUGUGCAAAAUCAAUAGUGAAUGGUACAUUGAGGGGAGAUAGAUACUUGACUGCACCAGCUUGGUUUAGAAUGACAUAUGUUGUGAAAGUGUUAUGUCCAGAAUUGUUGGAGUGGGGUUUCAGAAUCUUGUACUUGACUAGAUCAAGUAAUACUCCAGCAAGAGAAGCACCUAGCAAAAAGAUUUUGGAUGCUACUGGAAUCAAAAACGUGUUCUAUCCAUCUUCAAUUCGAUCUCCUGAAGUCAAGACUGAAUGAUGAGAGAUUGUCAAAUGGAAGUGUCUUUUGUGCUGUCUUCAAGUAGUGUCAAGAUGUUCUUUGUACAUGUUCAAUAAAAUGUUAAGGGCAACAAUUUCAUAGUUUGAUAGUGGUGCUUCUUAAUUCUUCAA